UUUGAUAUUAGAAGACUGAAAUCCACCACCUGUUUUGCAAAGUGGUACGGUUGAACAAAUCUGAGUUGAGGAAUUGCUACAUCAAAUCCACAGGAGCUUAUUAGUAUACCCAGUUGCCCCAGCUGAAAACCAGCGUGACAGAUCCCCUCUAUGGAUCCAGUGUUCACCACCAUUGAGAUGGGGAACGAUCACUUGGAGCCACCUCCCCUGCAUCGGGAGCAACAGCAGAUAUCAGUCCCCUUCCUUUGGGAGGAGAAACCAGGCACGCCAAAGCAGGGAUGGAGCUCCCAUGCAGUGCCUUUGGUCUCAUCUUCACUCCCAUUCCCUUCAAAACUAGUGGUUUCUGUCCCAUUUGAUUGGGAAGAGAAGCCUGGGAAACCUCUCCGACUGGAUCUCGUUGCUCUUCCUGCAACAUAUUCAGAGGAUGACCAUCUGAACACUACGAAGAUUAAUGACUCCGUCUGGAACGCCAACUGGCAAUCUGCAUCAGAGACAGAUGGCCGUAGAAGGUCAAGCUCAAGUAGCAGCUCAACAGCAGAAAAUGUGGCCGCAGGCACUUCAAGCAUCAAAUUGCUUUCCCAACAAACUUCACUCGAUGCAAGUUUUCUCAACAAGAACAAUGGGAGAGACUGCGCUCGAGUUCGUGGCGAUAUUACUCUGGCGAAGAGAACCUUAACCCUCCAGGAACUCAUGUUGCUGAGUCGUCAAUUGACCUGCAGAAUGAAUCAGAUUGAGACGAAGAAAAGUGUCCGUCCAAAGGAGAAGCUGAAGAGGAGUGUGCUUGCGUGCCUCCCAUUCAUGAUGGGCAAUCAGAACGGGCCUUGCAUUAACAGCAGCUGAACGAUCAUAGUCAAAUGGUCGGUUGAGAUCACUCCAAAUAUCCGUAUGAAGAUGCAUAAAUGUCAGUGGGACAAUGAAGUCCAAUGCAAAGUU